AAACAUCUUUCUCAUUCUCGCUCCAUAUCAGCUUCUCCGUCACCUCUCCAAACCAAAUCAAGAAAUUAAAGAGAAACAUGAAAAUGCAAUUCCUCCUUUCACUUCUGCUUCUGUGCCUCCUCCACGUCCAUCCAACCCUUUCUGGCGGAUACCUCCUCCUGGAAUACAGAGCCCUCCUCUCCGUGAAGUCCUCCAUCAAUGACCCACAAUCAGCUCUUUCUACGUGGAACGCCUCCACUAGCCACUGCAACUGGACGGGUAUCACGUGCCACCCUUCCAGUCGUCGCGUGACCGUCGUCGACAUCUCAAACCUUCAACUCUCUGGUACUCUCUCCUCGAACCUGUCUGAUCUCCGUUUCCUCUCCGAACUCUCCGUCGCUGGCAAUAAUCUCUCCGGGGCCAUCCCCGCCGAGCUCUCUUCCCUCUCUGCCCUUCGCGUCCUCGAUCUCUCACAUAAUAGCUUCAACGGCACCUUCCCCUCCCAGCUCUCCCAUCUCCGUUUCCUCUCCGAACUCUCCGUCGCUGGAAAUGAUCUCUCCGGGGCCAUCCCCGCCGAGCUCUCUUCCCUCUCUGCCCUACGCAUCCUCGAUCUCUCAUAUAAUAGCUUCAACGGCACCUUCCCCUCCCAGCUCUCCCAUCUCCGUUUCCUCUCCGAACUCUCCGUCGCUGGCAAUGAUCUCUCCGGGGCCAUCCCCGCCGAGCUCUCUUCCCUCUCUGCCCUCCGCGUCCUCGAUCUCUCAUAUAAUAGCUUCCACGGCGCUAUUCCUGAGUUUAUUGGCGACAUGCCGGAGCUGGAGGAGUUGCAGUUGGGGGAGAACAAAUUUACCGGGAUCAUUCCUCAGAGGCUGGGAAAGAAUGGGAAGCUUCAGCUUCUUGAUCUUUCAUCGAAUAAUUUGCCUGGGACUCUGCCUCCUCAUAUGUGUUUUGGGAAUCGGCUUGAGAUUCUGAAUACCGAAGAAAAUUUAUUGGUCGGUCCAAUCCCAGAUUCACUCGGGAGGUGCGAGUCGCUGUCUGAGAUCCGAAUGGGGCGCAACUUUCUCAACGGUUCAUUGCCAAGAGACCUUUUCGGUUUGCCCAAUCUCACCGACGUGAUGCUGCAGAAUAACCGUCUGGCCGGGAAGUUUCCCAUUUUCUCGAGAAACGAUUCUAAAUUGUGGACACUAGAUAUUUCUGACAACAAUAUUCAUGGGGAGCUACCUAGUUGGAUCUGGAGACUUCCCUAUCUUGAGAUUUUGAAUCUCUCUCAUAAUUGUCUAGAGACUCUAGAUGAGAAUUUAAACUCUCCCAACACUUCCAAAUCCUGGUUGAGAAUCGUAGACCUUCAAUCCAACCAGCUCCAAGGGCAACUUUCAAAUCUCCCACUGCAUUUUCAAGACUUCAAUUACUACCGUUGGUACAACGGUUUGUUGCUGCCGCCGCUCACUUUUUUCUUCUCUGUUUCAAGAAAUAAAUUCGACGGGACUAUUCCUACGUCACUGUGCAAUGCAACUCUUCUAGAUGUUCUAGACUUGUCCCAUAAUCGCUUGACUGGCGCGAUUCCCCGAUGCUUAAUUGAAAGGAGUAGAGUUCCAAGCGUGAUGGAUUUAGGGGGAAACAAUCUUACUGGCAUAAUUCCUGACUCCUUUCCAUUCAAUUGUGAUUUACAAACUUUGGUUCUGAGUGGAAAUCAACUAGAAGGAGAGCUACCACAAUCCCUGGCCAGGUGCAUUGCAUUGGGGGUUUUGGACAUCGGGAACAAUCUCAUUCAGGAUACCUUCCCAUGUUAUUUGAAGAACAUAGACACGUUGCAAGUCCUUAUUUUGCGAUCUAACCAAUUUUAUGGGUCUAUUAAUUGUCUAGAUGCUGAUACUACCUGGCCCAACCUUCAAAUUUUAGAUCUGGCCUCAAACCAUUUUGUUGGAAAGUUUCCAAUACGUUACUUUCCUAGCUGGAAGGCAAUGAUUGGAACCGAAAAGGGUGCUGAACGGAUUGUAGCUUCCAGAGGUAUUUUCAAAUAUUCUGGUACAAAAUUUAUGUUAAAAUUAUUUUUCAACAUUGGCGGCUCAAUUUACCCUAUCAAACUAGGAUAAAUCUUACAUUAAAAGGUAACGAUUUGGAGUUUGUGAAGGUCCUAACUAUCACAACCUCACUUGAUCUGUCGUGCAAUAGUUUUGACGGACAUAUACCUAAAGAAAUAGGAGAAUUCAAAGCUCUAUAUGCCCUCAACUUAUCUCACAAUGCUUUUACGGGUCAAAUUCCACAAGCUUUAGGAAACUUGAGUGCUCUUGAGUCACUAGACUUGUCAAGCAACAAGCUCAUUGGAGAGAUUCCUCACCUACUUGCAGAUGUUCUUAAUUUCCUGACAUUCCUUAACCUUUCGUUCAAUCAAUUGGUGGGAAAGAUUCCACAGAUCAAGCAAUUUCCUACAUUUUUAGAAAGUUCCUUUGAAGGAAACAUAGGAUUAUGUGACUUUCCUAUGAAAGAAAAAUGCAUACAUGAAGAAUCGGGACUGUCACCUCCUCCAUUUGAAGAAUCUCAUUCGUAUUUUGGGAAUUCAAUUGAUUGGGACUUCUUAAGUGCCGAAUUGGGAUUUGUUUUCGGCCUUGGAAUUUUUAUUGGACCUCUUCUAUUUUGGACGAGGUGGAGGAAAUGCUACUACAAACAUGUCGAUGACAUUGUUUUUAAAAUGUUUCCUCAGACAUACAUAAGAAUAGAAAAUCAUCGAAGUCGAGCACACAGGAAUCAAGGACGGCAAGCACGUAGGAACCAAGGUGGGAGGUAAUGCUCAAUGCUGUCAGGUAUGUCCCCAAUUGAUUUAUUAGUAUGUAAUUAAAUAAUGUCUAAAGUGAUGUAUUAUAAAUUAGCAAUGUUAUUGAAAUUCAUAA